UGCUUUCUGAAAUCACGACACACCUUUUUCACAGGGUGUUAAGACUACGCAGUUUUGUGGAUGCUUUUAUGAUUUAAGAACAUCUCCAAACCCUCGUGGUUAUGGACAGGUUUCUAUACCAGGGUUUGAAAAUACGCAAAUAAACAACACAAUUUUUUUUUUCCUCUCCCAAGAAGAAUGAGAUUUUGGGCCUCUGUCUUUGUCUUGGCCGCUCUGUGGCCUGGCGCUUUGUCUGUGACUCGGUACUCCAUAGCCGAGGAGAUGGAGAGAGGCUCUGUUGUGGCGAAUCUAGCUGCGGAUUUGGGACUUGAUCUCGGAAGUUUGGCACAACGAGAGGUAAAACUGGAUAUCUUUACAACCAAAAAAUAUCUAGACUUUAACAAAAAGAGUGGUGAGCUUUACAUCGUGGAGAAAAUAGACAGGGAGGAUCUUUGUCCGGCGAAGCCAUCAUCUUGUUUUUUAAAGCUCGAUUUCAUUAUAGAGAGCCCUUUACGCAUCUUCAAUAUUGAGCUCGGAAUAACAGAUAUAAAUGAUAACGCUCCACAUUUUCGAAGAGACAGAGUAGAGCUAGACGUUUCAGAAUCCGCCACGCCGGGGGAGAGAUUCUCAUUGCCCAAUGCGGUAGACCCAGACGUCGGAAUAAAUACGAUUAAAACAUACAGACUUAGUACGAGUGAACAUUUUACUAUAGAAAUUCAGACAGGCACUGACGGAACUCAGUAUGUGGAUUUGGUAUUAACAAAAUCUUUAGACAGAGAGGAGAAGGCCGUGCAUAAAUUAAUCCUGACAGCUGUUGAUGGAGGUGUCCCUGUGCGCUCUGGCACCGCCAACAUCAUAGUAAGAGUACAAGACACAAACGAUAACCCUCCUCGAUUUGACAAACAGAUUUAUACAAUAAAUAUGACAGAAAAUACCCCGACAGGAACCCGGGUGGUUAAUCUCAACGCUACUGAUCUUGAUGAGGGGCCUAAUUCAGAAAUUGUGUACGCAUUCACUCUUUACACGUCGGAAAAAACGCAAGACGUCUUCGCGCUGAAUCCUAACACAGGAGAGAUAACUGUUAAAGGCACUAUAGAUUAUGAAGAUAUGAAAUUCUAUGAGAUGCAUAUUGAAGCAAGGGAUAAAGGGACACCCCAGCUGCUGGGGAAGUGUAAAAUAGUAGUGCAUGUGACAGAUAUGAAUGAUAAUUAUCCAGAAAUUACUGUUCAGUCUGUUAAAAACACAGUGCCUGAAAAUAUACCUGUAGGGACAGUUAUUGCGUUGGUAAGUGUGAGCGACCGAGAUACAGGAGAUAACGGAAAAAUAAACUUAUCCAUAUUUGAAGCAAUGCCGUUUUUUCUUAACAAAUCAACAGACAGACCAACACAUUAUAAUCUCAUUGUGUCUGAGCCAUUAGAUCGCGAAAAGGUACCUGAAUAUGAUAUUAAACUGAUUGCAAAGGAUGCAGGGAGACCUCCUUUAUAUGACAAUGAAACAAUAACGGUUCACCUGCUGGAUGUUAAUGAUAAUGCGCCGAGGUUUCCCAGGUCAUUUUUUACUAUACGUGUCAUGGAGAAUAAUGCACCUGGGGCCUUGCUCAAAGAAAUGAAAGCAGGGUCGGUUAUUGCCAACCUUGCAACCGACCUCAGCCUGGAUGUGAAAACACUAAAACAGAGGAAGAUGAGAGUCGACAUCAUCGCAAAUAAAAAGUACUUAGAUGUGAACAAAGAAACCGGGGAGCUGUAUAUCGUGGAGAAAAUUGACAGGGAGCACACAGGCCUUUGCAACACCAAAUCAUCCUGUUAUCUCAAGCUUGAAGUCAUACUGGAUAAUCCAGUGCGGAUUUUUAACAUCGAAAUUGAAAUCCUGGACAUGAAUGACAACGCCCCGCAAUUUCGAAGAGACGGCUCCAGGUACAUCGUGUCCAGCCUACCGAGAGGGACAGGACUGUCAGAGACUAGUGGUUCAGCAGCUUCUACUCUGCAGGUAGGAAACAAUAUAUGCUUACAUAUGUAUAGUACAUAUAUUUACAUAUCUAUAUUUUUUUAUUUAUUUAGUCACACAUGCUCUCUAUGUACAUCGUGUCCAGCCUACCGAGAGGGACAGGACUGUCAGAGACUAGUGGUUCAGCAGCUUCUACUCUGCAGGAUUAACACAAUAGGAUAA